AUGAAAUUGCCUGUUUAUGGGAUUGUUUUGCUAUCCUUCUUGACUUCGAAUGGUUUUAUAACUAAUAAUCAUAGUCGAAUGCUUCCAUUUGUUCGUUAUUCUUCACCAUUCUCUCAUAGAAGAGCCGGUAUUUUUACUUACACACUGGAUUUAAGUUACAAACAUCUUAACAAAUCUGGAAGGUUGUAUUCACAUAAUUCUGGCUAUUACGAUAACACAAAAGACCAUAAGGAAUUGGAACUAAAGGCAUUAAGAAAUAAAGUGUUUGAAAUUUCUGAGCCAAACUCUAAAUUGGAAGAGAAAUACAUAAAAGCAAGUGGACCUGGAGGUCAAAAAAUCAAUAAAUCUGCAAUUUGUGUACAAUUAAACUACUCAAACCCCUCAGGAAGUAUUAAAAUCAACAUUAAGACUAAAAAGCACAGAACGUUAAUUUUGAAUCGCAUAGAAGCUACAGAAAUACUAAUCGCUAAACUUAAAGAGAUAAAAGACAAGGAAAUUAUGGAUGAAAAGCGGGAACAAUUUAAGGAGUCAAUGAGAAACAGAGAGCUGUCGGAGAAAUCAAAGUAUCGAAGAAUGGUUUACAAAAAGAACAGAUCUUUUAUAAAGAAAAUGAGAUCGACAGCUAAAAUACACGAAAGUGAAUAUUGA